AUGAAAAUGGAAGUCGGAUAUCCGCGAAAUAAGCUCAAUUCUGAUUUUGUGGAAACCUUCUAUGCAAAGUUGGAGUUAUCGACGGACAGUUUACUGAAGAACAUGCUGAAAAUGAGUCGUUUCUUAGUCCACAACGAGCUACAGAAGCUACACCGGCCUGUUGAGGAACGCCGGCAGAUGGUGGACAACAUCUACAAGGGUCCAUUGCAAGGAAGUGGUAACUACUUUGCGACCAAAAACGCCUUGGUCGUUCCAAUGGGAAUUAUGAGACCCCCAAUGUUGGACGUUGAGAAUCCUGAGUACUUAAAUUACGGAAUGCUCGGCAAUGAGAUAGCUCAUGAAAUGGCUCAUGGAUUCGAAAAUAUUGGUCUCCAGUACGACAAAGACGGGCAGGAGACAUCGUGGUGGAGCGAGGAGAUGAAAAACAAAUUCUGGAUGAAAGCCAAAUGUUUCGUCGAGCAGUACAACAGAUACGUGAUUGAUGCAGCUGCAGAAAAAAAUGUUGAUGGUCAGAGAACGUUACACGAGAACAUCGCGGAUAGCGCGGGAUUGAAAACAGCUUUCAUGUCCUAUCAACGGUAUGUGAAGGAAAAUGGCAAGGAACCAAAGCUUCCAGGCAUGGAGUUCACCAACCAGCAGCUCUUUUUCAUCAGUUUUGCUCAGAUGAAAUGUGAAGUGCGAAGUAAAGAAGGAUUUGAAGAAUACAUUGGGGAUUCGUCAAGCACAUUGCUACAAACUCCAUUCAGAUACAGAGUGAAUGGAGCCCUCGCAAAUUCGGAGUUCUUCGCUGCGGUUUUCAAAUGUCCAUCCGGAAGCCCCAUGAGUCACUCCAAAAGAUGCUCUGUGUGGUAAAACAAGCCAAGGUGACCCUUCAAGCACAG